UCAGUUAGUACCAAAUAGCCGACUGCUUACAACCAACGGUUUUAUACACCUCCGAAUGUCUGCGGGCCGAGCCGACGAUUCUUCCCCCCUCCCUUUGAGGUUGCUAUGCCAACAGCUCUACACUACUACUUCUGCCUCGUAGAUUUUUUUGAUUACCUCUGCUCGAUCGGAAACAUUAGAUUUCAGCCCCCCUACAUCUCAUCCAAUCAUUGAAAGCAAAGAUGUUUACAAUAAACAAUUGUUUACUUCGCCCGUGCUACUUUUAGCGAAAACCCCGUGCACACCGAUUCUGCUGUGAAUGCGUGUAUGUGUGUGCGUGUGACGAGACGAUGUAAAGAGAGAGAGAGGAGGAGGAGAGGGUGAGAGUAGGGGGAAAAGAGUAGAGAACGCCAUGUUGUAUAAAAUUGUUUGAGUUAGUCUGAUGUGACGAGCGGGGGAUCCCGAAGUCAGCUGAUACGGAAGUAAACAAUUUCGGAUAUUCCCUUUCCCCUUCAUCCUAAAGUGAAUAAACUCUUAUGAAUAUCAAGAUAUAAGGAUACUAAAGGAUUAUGUGCCAUACAAAUACCCGAUCAAUUUAUAGGAAUAUCGCCAACCCGAUCGGAAGAACUCCAGUGUAAUUAGUCCCCAGAGUAUAAUCGAGCUGGCGGUAGCGGGGAGAAAAAUAAGCGAAGGGUCUCAGAAAACGUCGCGAUUGUUGCCUGACCUUCGACACUUUUUUUCCAUAUCUACCCUUUCUCUCGAUUAUCGACGUCCACAGACGACUUCAGGAUAGAUUUGCCAAGGUGAUAAGAAUGCCAAAAGAAUGGACUGGUCCUUCAGAAUAUUUCGCUGCUGGCUAUUAUGGGAAUCAAAACAGUAAAUUAUUUCAGGAAAGCUAUUUACCGUUCUGUUUUAACUCCAGAGGGACAGUCUCGUGGCUUCAAUCCUGUGGAAUUUGAAGAAGCUGCUGAUUUGUCUUUGAGGAGAGAAAAGCCAUUUAGUUAUGAGAGUAGAGAUCGAGGUUCAUACUCAACUUCCUCAUAUGGUUUGGAUGAAACAAUGGAUCUGAGUACAAAAUGGCGUGCUCCUCCAUUAGCAGAGAGGAAACCUCUGGGUUCCAUAAGCUCAACCUUUCCACAAUCAGCCUCAACCUCAAAUACCUCAGAGCCUGGUUCUGGAGAAAGAAAUUCUGAAUUAAAAAGAAGUAAAUCAUCUCACCAUGUGCGUAUGCUACCUCGCAAAAGACUUCACAUUAGUAGCGAAUCACAGCCUCCUAACAAUAGUGCGAGUAGUUGUUCUUCUCCCGACGUCAUUGUUCUUUCGGACGAGGACAAACCUCGUCUUAAUGGGCACAUUAACGGCUAUGAAAGUGAUUCUAGAAAUUCGGACCCGGAACCCAUGGAAAUGCCUCCUCUUCCAGUGGAAAAGGUUUGGGAUCCCAUAGAAUUGAAAGAGAAGAGGAGGCUUUUACGGGAGUUACGAGAUGAGUUGAGGAGUGAGGAAAUGAAACUUGUUCUUUUGAAAAAACUUCAUCAAAGCCAGAUGAUUAAAGAAAAUAUUCUAAAUCAAGCAGCUGCUGCUGUAGCUGGCAAAAUGGUUCCUAGUGCAAAUCGGGGUACUUCUAAUGCUGUUCCACCUCCUUUGGUUCGAAGUGGCCAAAUUUCACAAUCUCAAAACAAAAUGCUUAGCCAACAAUUGUCUCACCAAUCUUCUGUAAUGAAUUCUUCAUUGAUAUGCAAUCAAAAUGCUCAUGGAGCUCCACCUCCUCUGAUUGGACAACGAGGUAAUAAUUCUACAAGUGGUUCUACAGUAUCUUCUAACAUCAUGGGUAACAUGAUGAGAAACAGUCAUAAUUCUAUUUCAAGAACACCAGUUACCACACCACCUAAUAUUGUGAUGGGAUAUAAUAUGCAUAAUUUGUCUCAGUCAGCUCAAAGUAAUCAGCACCAGCUACCUAUUAAUCAGGCUUCUGCUCCUCAAGCUUGUCCUUCCCCCUCAUCCUCUAUUCAGUCAUCCCAAAUGGAAAGAAUAGACAACCAAACACCGGCUCAAAGACAGGCAGCUGCAAAACUAGCAUUGAGAAAGCAGUUAGAAAAGACACUCCUCCAAAUUCCACCCCCAAAACCUCCACCUCCAGAGAUGCACUUUGUACCGAAUGCCAACAAUCAAGAAUUCAUAUGCUUAUUAGGACUCGAAAAAGUUGUCGACCUAAUCACCGAAGAUCCGAACAUAAACCGACCACCCCCUGAACCGUUUGAAUGUGUUCAGUGUGGAACGGACUUUAGCCCCGUGUGGAAGUGGCAGGAUGCGGGUCGCUCUCGCAUGCUUAAACCUUCGGUUAUCUGUGAGACUUGUGUCACAUCCAACAUAAAAAAAGCGCUCAAAGCAGAGCAUACCAAUCGGUUAAAGACAGCCUUUGUGAAAGCGCUUCAACAGGAGCAAGAAAUCGAGCAGAGAAUGUCACAGGCGAUGUCGAGCCCUCCUCCUCCAAUCGGCAUAUCCCCCACCCACACUCCUUGUUCUACUCCAACACCCGCUAUCGUUACGUCGAGUGGCCCGUCUAUACCGACUCCGCCUGCCCCUCAUAGCCCUGUGCACGGACUAAUGUCUAAGAUGAGCAAUAAUGGAGGGGUUAGUGGCAGUAGUAGCUCCCAAUCUUCGCUAGUGAACUCUGCCUCAUUGUUACAGCACUUGCCAAAACUGAGUGCUGCUCAUCAGUCAUUGUUGCACGCUCAGGCGCAGCAGCUGCAACAUUUUGCACAGACAAUGCCUCAACCACAGCCAGCACAUAUGUAUCCAUUUGGACCUCUCUUAGCUGCUCAGGCAUAUUCAUAUCAAUUGCUUGGGAAGAAUCCCAUGAGUUCUGCAGAAUUGCAACGCCAAUAUUUACUGGACAUGAUCCCACCGAGGUCACUCCCUCAAGGGUCUAUGAAUUGGAAGACGUGAUCUUAUUGUAAAUAGUGAUUAUUAUUUUUUUUUGUGUUCAUGUAGAGCAGUGAGUACAUUGUUUUGCAUGGCUUUUAUAUAUUCACGUGAAUGUCGUGAAUAUUUUGAAGAAUCUCCGGUGACUUUCCUCUUGUCAGAAGUGAACACCCUUUGAAGGUCAUUAAUGUAAAAAAAAAAAAAAAGUUUCUCUUCAGUAUUGUUUUCAGGAUUUAAAUUCUGGACUUUUUAAAUAGCUAAUCAUGCAGCUUUUAUUUGAAAUCUUGUUUGUAAUAAAUAAACAGUAUUUUUAGUUUAAA